AUGUCCAACAGCAGCUCCAUCACUGAGUUCCUCCUCCUGGCCUUUGCAGACAGACGGGAGCUGCAGCUCUUGCACUUCUGGCUCUUCCUGGGCAUCUACCUGGCUGCCCUCCUGGGCAACGGCCUCAUCAUCACCACCAUAGCCUGGGACCACCACCUCCACACCCCCAUGUACUUCUUCCUCUUCAACCUCGCCCUCCUCGACCUGGCCUCCAUCUCCACCACUGUCCCCAAAGCCAUGGCCAAUUCCCUGUGGGGCACCAGGGACAUCUCUUACUCAGGAUGUGCUACCCAAGUUUUUCUAUUUCUUCUUUUCCUUUCAGUAGAGUUUUCUCUCCUCACCAUCAUGUCCUACGACCGCUAUGUUGCCAUCUGCAAGCCCCUGCACUACGGGACCCUCCUGGGCAGCAGAGGCAAUGCCCUGGACCAGUUCUUCUGUGAAAUCCCCCAGAUUCUCAAGCUCUCCUGCUCACAAUCCUCCCGCAGGGAAAUUUGCCUUAUCAUGGUCAGUUCCAGUUUAGUAUUUGGCUGUUUUGUUUUCAUUGUGGUGUCGUAUGUGGAGAUCUUCAGGGCUGUGCUGAGGAUGCCCUCAGAGCAGGGACGGCACAAAGCCUUUUCCACCUGCCUCCCUCACCUGGCCGUGCUCUCUCUCUUUGUCAGCACAGCCAUGUUUGCCUACCUGAAGCCCCCUUCCAUCUCCUCCCCAUUGCUCAACUUGGUGGUGUCAGUUCUGUACUCAGUGGUGCCUCCAGCAGUGAACCCCCUCAUCUACAGCCUGAGGAACCAGGAGCUCAAGGAUGGCCUGAGGAAACUUUUAUUGCUGAUCCUGAUAUCAUACAGUCUGGGAUAUCCCUUUGGUCAUCUGGGGUCUGCUGUCUCAGCCAUGUCCCCUGUCAGCUUCUGGCCAAUCCCCACCCUGCUCACUGAUGGGUGCGUGGGGCUGAUGGCAAAUGCCAUUGCGGAGAAGAACCUGGAGCUGUCAG